UAUUCCGAAUAGUUGUAGAUUCCGAGACCGCGAAACGAAAAUGCCAGAUAACGCAGAUACAGAACAGUUCAAUGCCGACGAGCUGGAGGCUCCGACGUGGCUGAAUGCCCAGUUCAUUGGUGACGUUCUCAGCAAUUACGAAAAGUGCCCAGAACUGAAAGUAACCGAUCUUAAAAUCACACCCGCAAGUGCUCAGGGAGAUCACUAUGCCAGCGUUAUGUUCCGCACUACGGCGGAGUAUACCACCGCGAAGGGAAAGUUCUCCAAGCCCCUUAUCAUCAAGACAAUGCCCGAGCAGGAAGGUCACAAGAAGGAUAUGCUGAGCGAAUCGCAUUUGUUCUCCACCGAAAUUGGGGCCUACACCAAGGCUCUACCCGAGUUCGAAAGGAUUCUUCGGGAGGCGGGCGAUAAUACAAAGCUAUAUGUCCCGUGCAUCUAUCACAGUCUAGAGCCUAGACAGGUGAUGAUAUUCGAGGAUCUGGUGCCACAGGGAUACUCUGUCAUUCGGAAUCGUCCUGUCAAAGAGGAGGAACUGAAAACAGUAUUUUCCAAAUUGGCCAAAUGGCAUGCUGUUAGCAUGAAAGUUAUGAACGAGCAGCCCGAUUUCUUGAAAGAAUUCAAAUAUGGCUUGAUUGAGAUGCCCACCUUGAUGUCCGAUCCCAUGGUCACCAGUGGAAUGGGUAGUUUCAUAAGAAUGCUAGAAAAGACUCCUGAACUUGGAAAGUACAAGCCGUACUUUGAGAAAAUAAAGGACGACUACAUGCAGAGAAUGGCUGAUGUGCUGCAGGAGUACCGUAAAAAUAUCAAAUCCGAUGGAUAUUACGUGAUGUGUCAUGGGGAUUUCCAUUUGCGUAAUAUGAUGUUCAAGGAAAACGGAGAUGUGAUGUUCGUGGACUUCCAAAUCUGUAAUCUGUGUCCCAUCACUAUCGAUCUGACUUAUUCGGUCUACAUGCUUAUGAACCCAGAGCAGCGAUGGGAUCUCGGCAAAGAUCUUAUCAACUAUUAUUUCUCCGUUCUGGAGGAAACCCUGAAGAAAGUGGGCUACAAGGGCGAAUUGCCCACUCAAGCUGGUCUCUGGAAGCAAAUUCACCGUCACAAGUUCUAUGACUUUUUCCUCAUGACCACUUUUCUGCCAAUGAUUCUGGCCAUUAAAGAAAACAAGCUGAAAAUGAACGAAAUAAUUCAGGACUCAGAAACCAGAGAAUUAGCCUUUUCAUUCGAUUUCUUUGUUGAUGAAAUCAAAAAGCUUCUACCCAAAUUCGAAGAAUUGGGAUACUUUAAGGAUCUGUAAGGCAGGUGGCGAAUCGAUAAAUAGCUUUUCAAA